UCUCCAUCCUUCUCCGGCUCUCCAUCCCUCACCGUCAGCAGCAGCCUUUUGAAAAAAUAAAUAAAUAAAUAAAUAAAACUGGUUUCAUGCUCAUCGCUCCACGGGAAGCAGGUUUAUUUAUUCUCCGCUGGUGGCGAUUGACAAUCUCCUAUUUGUGAAAGUGCCGGUUAACUAAGCAGGUUCAUGUGUCGGGGAAAUCUCCACUGUCAGCGCCAAAAUGCCUGUGAGACGCGGUCAUGUUGCGCUCCAGAACACCUACCUGGACACCAUCAUCAGGAAAUUCGACGGGCAAAAUCGCAAAUUUUUGAUUGCCAACGCCCAGAUGAAGAACUGCGGGAUCAUCUACUGCAACGAAGGCUUCUGCCAGAUGUUUGGCUUCACCAGGGCAGAGAUCAUGCAGCAGCCCUGCACCUGUCAGUUCCUGGUGGGUCCCGGCACCAUGAAGAGCGCCCUGGCACAGCUGGCGCAGGCCCUGCUGGGCUCUGAGGAGCGCAAGGUGGAGAUCCUCUACUACGCUAAGGAAGGAACCUGCAGACCAUGCCUAAUAGACGUGGUCCCUGUUAAAAAUGAGGAAGGCGUUGUCAUCAUGUUCAUCCUCAACUUCCAGGAGCUCAUCGACCCUUCCCUGAAGAAAGUAGGGCUCCGGCAAAGAGUCGCCCAGGGCUGGAUAUGGGCAGGGCAGAAUCGCAGGCUGAAGAUGAGGCUGCCAACGCUGCGCUCCAUGAGGCGACCCUCGCUUUCCAAAGAGCAGUUUGAAGGGGUGGUGGUGGACUACCUGCAGCCGAACAGCGAGGACGUCCCUCUGAAAGAGUUUCGCAUCCCGUCCAAGGAGAGCUGCAUGCAGUCAGAGACGGAGGCCCUGAUCGAGCAGGACCUGGACCCCCCCUCCCCGGCGCCGCAGUCCUCCCCCAAGCGCCGCUCUCUGUUGGCAGACAGGCUGGACCCGGGCGCCGCCUUCCCCCGGGGGUCUUUACCCCGGAGCUGCUCUCGGGACAGCGUCCGCAGCCUCCGGCGGGCCUCGUCCCUCGACGACAUCGAUGGCAUGAGGGCAGAGUGGAGCAGCCGAGCCGGAGACCCGCGCCUCAACAGCAAUCUGAAGCCCAGCGCUCUGAACUCCACGUCGGACUCGGACCUGAUGAGGCACCGGGCCAUCAGCCGCAUCCCUCAGGUCAGCCUCACCUUCGGCUCCGACCGGAUGAGACCUCCCUCCCCCACCGAGAUCGAGAUCAUCGCACCCAGCAAGAUAAAAGACCGGACCCAGAACGUCACCGAGAAAGUCACGCAGGUCACACAGGUCUUGUCCCUAGGCGCUGACGUCCUGCCUGAGUACAAGCUCCAGGCCCCUCGCAUCCACAAAUGGACCAUCCUGCACUACAGCCCCUUCAAGGCGGUGUGGGACUGGCUCAUCCUGCUGCUGGUCAUCUACACGGCCAUCUUCACGCCAUACUCAGCCGCCUUCCUCCUCAACGAGGUGGAGGAGGAGCGGAGGCGGACCUGUGGCUACACCUGCAACCCACUCAACGUGGUGGACCUGGUGGUGGACGUCAUGUUCAUUGUGGACAUCCUGAUCAACUUCAGGACCACCUACGUCAACCACAACGACGAGGUGGUCAGCCAGCCGGGACGCAUCGCGCAGCACUACUUCAAGGGCUGGUUCCUCAUCGACAUCGUGGCCGCCAUCCCCUUCGACCUGCUCAUAUUCCGCUCGGGAUCUGAUGAGCCCCAGACCACCACUCUGAUUGGACUACUGAAGACGGCAAGACUGCUGAGGUUGGUUCGAGUGGCCCGGAAGCUGGACCGCUACUCUGAAUAUGGAGCUGCCGUCCUUUUCCUCCUCAUGUGCACCUUUGCCCUGAUCGCCCACUGGCUGGCCUGUAUCUGGUACGCCAUCGGCAACGUGGAGCGCACUGGCUCGGCCCGCAUCGGAGCCAUGAAGAUCGGCUGGCUGGAUAACCUGGCCGAACAGAUCGGCAAACAGUUCAACGACAGUGACCCGGCCUCGGGUCCCUCCAUCAAGGACAAGUACGUCACAGCUCUGUACUUCACCUUCAGCAGCCUGACCAGCGUGGGCUUUGGGAACGUCUCCCCCAACACCAACCCUGAGAAGAUCUUCUCCAUCUGCGUCAUGCUCAUUGGCUCUCUGAUGUAUGCCAGUAUCUUUGGGAACGUGUCGGCCAUCAUUCAGAGGCUGUACUCCGGCACGGCCCGCUACCACACCCAGAUGUUACGGGUCAAAGAGUUCAUCCGCUUCCACCAGAUCCCAGGAGGCCUGAGGCAGCGGCUGGAGGAGUACUUCCAACAUGCCUGGUCUUACACCAACGGCAUAGACAUGAACGCUGUGUUGAAGGGUUUCCCUGAGUGUCUGCAGGCGGACAUCUGCCUCCAUCUGAACCGCAGCCUGCUGCAGAACUGCAAAGCGUUUCGAGGCGCCAACAAGGGCUGCCUGCGGGCGCUUGGCAUGCGCUUCAAGACCACCCAUGCCCCGCCGGGUGACACCCUGGUCCACAGCGGUGACGUCCUCACCGCCCUCUACUUCAUCUCCAGAGGCUCCAUAGAGAUCCUCAAGGACGACGUGGUGGUGGCCAUACUGGGCAAGAAUGACAUCUUUGGCGAGCCCAUCAGUCUGUACGGGAGGCCAGGGAAAUCCAGUGCUGAUGUCAGGGCUUUGACAUACUGUGACCUUCACAAGAUCCUGAGGGACGACCUGCUGGAGGUGCUGGACAUGUAUCCCGACUUCGCCGACAUGUUCUGGAACAACUUGGAGAUCACCUUCAACCUGAGAGAUGCAGAUAGAAUAAACCAGCCAACCCCGAGCGGGGACUCUGAGUGCAGCUACCGUCGGCCGAGGCACCGGAGAAGCUCCCUGCGACGACGAAACCGACCUGACGGCAUGGACCGUGACGACUCGUACCCUGACCAGUCCUGCCCGAUGGGGAACCACCACCGCUCAACGGGGGGCUCCCAUUGGGAGGAUCUCUGCAGCAGCGCCAGCAUCUGUUCCCAGUCCAGUGACGAGGAGGUGAAACCCACUGGGCAUGGCAAAGGGGAGCUGUACCCCCCCGGGGGCGAUACCAGAGACUACCCUCCGGCUGUGGUCAACCUCCUGCCGCCCAGCGGGCCCUCAGCUGGCAUGGGACCUCCUGUGGACCACGGAGGCCCCCCCUACUCAGUAGCAGCCCCCAUCAACAUGUCUGGCCUGUACGGAUACUGGCCGGAGCGCCGGGCCAGGCAGUUUACAGAGAGCCAGAGACGCUCCUCUUCGGUCAGGGCGACCUACCACCCGCCGCCCUGCACCGAGGACCGGCCCAGCGAGCUGGAGUCCAGGCUGGAGGUGCUGCAGUCACAGCUCAACCGACUGGAGACCCGGAUGACGGCAGACAUCAAUGUGAUCUUGCAGCUCCUCCAGAGGCAGAUGGCCCCGGUGCCCCCGGCCUACAGCGCUGUGCUGCCCCACCCUACCACCCUGUACAGCACAGGAGGCCCCACCAUUCACACAGUCCCCCCCAUCCCACCGGUACAGAUCGACAACACUGCCUCACCGCUACAGAGUCCAGACUCCGAUUUCAAGCACAAGUCCAAGGACUCCCUGUCCAGCGGGAUCCACCUCACUGUGGCCUCUGAUGACACCAUGUCCAUGUCCCCAGAGGCUGACCCUCCUCACACACCCUCAGUGGGCCUCGAACCUCCUCAGCUGUUGUGCUCAGGGGCACAAGGCACUCCUGGACUGCUGUGUGGCAGCCAGCGCUUCCCCUCCCUCCCUGAGCACCUGGAGACCUCCACAGAGGUGCAGGAGAUCCAGAGGCACAUGUCUGACCCCAUCCUACCAGGCAGCUAGAACCACCAUCACCUCCACCAUCCCCCUACACCUAACAGCCUGGUCCUCAACAAUCACAGCGCCCCCCCACAGUGGGGGGGGCGGUGCAGCCAUAUGUACGGUCAGCCAUAUGUUCUCCACUUACCUAACUUCACUUCCCCCUCCAGAACCUCCUCUGUCCUUUUAAGAUAGUGCUGCAAAGCGUGGGUCACCUCGCCUUUCACGCCACUGAAGGUUCAGCGGAGUGCCUCCUGUUUCUUACUGUACGUACAGACUCAUAGCGCCCUCGCAGGCUGCCAUAGCUCCGUCGGGCAACGCCUCGCUCUCCAGGUCCUGUGCAAUCGAGAUUAAUCCUGCCCGAAUGGGAGGACAUGUUCUAAAAAAAAAUUUAAAAAAAUGAGUUGACUAUAAGCGCA